GCGAACGCUUCUGGCGUGCGCGCGGGACGCGGCCGUAGCCUAGCUGUGCCACGACCCCUGCGCGCCGCCGUCCAGUAUUACGUCAGGUUCUGCUCGCGUUGCACCAUGGCCACAUUCAACAGCUUGCAAGAUGACCUGGUGAAGUGCCCGUACAACCCGUUCCACAAAGUCAAGAGAGGUCGGCUGAACAUACACAUGACCAAGUGCCGCAAGGAACACCCUCGGUACCGACUGAAGCCUUGCCCGUUCACCACGGAUCACAUGGCGCCCGCCAAUGAUGAGGACUACCAGAGGCACCUCGCCACCUGCCCGGACCGGUCGUCGACAUUCUGCACAGCGACCAGGGACGAUCCAGACCCACCCUUUGACAUUCCUGCGCCGGGAGGGGCAAAGCCAUUUGUACCUGAACCAGAAGAACAGUGGGACGUGGGGCCCAGCAGCAGCGGUCGACCAGUCGACCCCUUCCAGCCGGCUGUGCCGCCUAUUUUCCGCACAGUACAGGGAAUGAAGCCGGCGGAACGGCGACGCCACUACCAGUCGCUAAAUGCGAGCGGCCCUCCGGUGGUAUACGUGCCUGGGCAGUAUCCGCAAAUGGAAGUGGCCCCCAUGCCGAGGUACUACGUACCGGGCCUCGAAAACAGGUACCGAGCCAGCGAACAAGGUGAACGGGUGCGCAAUCUGGCAGACGUACUCCUGGACGACGAACCCGGGGCCGUUCAGCCGCCAACCAUGCAGGCCAUCCAGACCCGCGCCGUGCAGGUUACCCAGCCUCAGACUGUCCAAGCCAGGCAGCAUCGAGCGGCCCAGUUCUGGGCCCCGCAGGUUCUGGAUAAUCCGCCUGCGCCGGGUUCCACCGUCGACAUGGACGCGCUUGCCAGGAGGAUGAUGGGGCUCGGCCGUGCCCGACCGCAGCCGGAGAACUACUGAGCCCCUGCAAAAGUGGUGCUGUACUGCUUUUGCUUCUCAAGCCAAACUGGUCUUUUUUAUUUUAAUUUUAUUUUGACCUAUUUAACUUCUUGCUGGUGCCUUUACUUCUUUGUUACCUCUUUAAACCAGACUAGUAAAGAGUGUGUCACUAACAUAAAAGCUUCAAUAAAGUGC